AUGAGCAUGGCAAACGACACAUACCACUUUAUAAAAGACAUAAAACCCGGACUGAAAAACUUAAAUGUCGUCUUUAUUGUGCUGGAAAUCGGACGAGUUACCAAAACCAAAGAUGGACAUGAGGUGAGAUCGUGUAAAGUAGCAGACAAAACUGGCAGCAUCACAAUUUCAGUGUGGGAUGAAAUCGGAAGUCUCAUACAGCCAGGGGACAUUAUUCGAUUGACCAAAGGGUAUGCGUCUCUGUGGAAAGGAUGCCUGACGCUUUACACAGGAAGAGGAGGCGAGCUACAGAAAAUUGGGGAGUUUUGUAUGGUAUACUCGGAGGUGCCAAACUUCAGUGAGCCCAACUCAGACCACCUUGGGCAGCACAACAAGCUGGCACAGGGUGAACAGAAUAAUAGUUCUUCAUCAAGUAAUUUGGGUACUUAUACUUUCGGGCCAGUGGGAAAUGGUUUGCAAACGGGACCUGAAUCCAGUGGAUUCCCAUUGGCCUACAAUCAUGCCCACUCCUAUGCAGGUACUGGGAGAGCCAAUGGACGAGGACCUGUAAAUCCACCGAUCCCAGCAUCUAAUAAUAUUCAGCCCCUUCUAACAGCAGUAAAUAAUGGGAGGGACCCACGCAGAGCCUUUAAAAGAUGA